GGUUUCGGAGCGGGUCCUGGCUGCUCGGGAGAAGGAGCUCCGCCUCGGGGGAGGGGAAGCCCCGACGUGGGCGCUGGGCGCGGCGCGGGCGCCCCGCUACUGACCAGACGGUUCGGGACGGCGCGCGGCAGGACGGCGCCGCCCCCGCGCGCCCCUCCGCCUGGCACGGGAGGCGGUGCAGCGCCGAGAGCGCCGGCCCAGCUCCGGCAUGAGGCGGGGCGCGGGACCCCGGCCGCGGCUGCUGCUGCUGCUCCUGCUGGCGCAGCAGGCCCUGCCAGGUGACGGCAACCGAGGCAGCGUCGCUGGAAGCUGUCUCUGUGAUGUGACUUUUCCCUCCGGGAGACAGAUGCGGCCAGCCGCCCUGGCGCAAAUCCGAAGGAAGCUGGAGUCGCUCACGCGCUGCCCGUUCUUCAUCAGGUUUCAGUUGCAGUCCGGGACUCGAGUGUGCGGGGGAAGCCGAGACCCGUGGGUCCGUGACCUGGUGAGCUGCCUGGAGCGCCACGAGUGUGGAAAUGGUGGAGGAAAGAGCUCCCACCACCGGGAGCACUCGCCUCACGCCAGCACCCGGAUCCCCGAGGCCACAGAGGGGCUAUCUCCAGACACGAGCACCCCUGCACAGACUCAGCAGGCCCCCCUUCCCUCUGGGGCACCGUCCUUGAACAGCUCAUCCACCACCCACCACCCUGAGACCACCACUGUCACGUCAGCUUAUGGUCUGGAAGCCGCAUCCGAGGCUAAGGCAAAGGAGAAACAGCAGGACAAACAGCAAGAAAAACCCAGAUCUGUCACUGGCACAGCAACCUUGGUCCCCGUGCUGUCCCUCCUGGCCAUCGUCUUCCUCCUCACAGCAGCCUUGCUCUAUGUGCUGUGCAAGAGGAGAGUGACACGGCAGAGGCCUGCAGGGUUUCCUUAUUCAGCCCUGGCAGUCCUAGAACCUGCUGUAAACCAGCCUUGCACUCAGAAAGAUCAGCUGGAAAGAUGGCUCAGCGGUUAAGAACUGGCUGUUCUUCCAGAGGAUCCAGAUUCAAUUCCCAGCAGCCACAGGCUUCCUGUAACUCCAGUUCCAGUGGAUCCGACAGCCUCACAUAGACACAUAUGCAGGCAGAACACCAAUGCACAAAAACCAAAAAUAAAUGAAAAAAGAACAAAUCUUUGAGUAGCUGCUCUGCCCUUAGGCCUCUCCUGAGCACAGUACUCUAAAUCACGUGGUCUAGGAAUGCAGUCCAAUGUCUCCCAUGCCUGCCUAGCAUGUUCUAGGCUCCCUCUACCAGUACAUGCGUUUAAAAAAGUGUCUGCUUUUUACGCUGUACCAAUAAACUGGACAAGUCCUAUGUUUUAAA